AUGGACACAAUCAACAGUACCUGGGUGGCCGCGGGGUCGUUGGUGCAGGCCCAAUGGGACGCCCUGUUGGACGUAAUCGGUGACGAACCGGAGUUUCUGUACGUGUGGGCGCUGACGGUGUACGUGCACUCGGUGUUCUGGCUGGUCGGCGGGCUGUUCGUGCUGAUGGAUGUUACCAAUAAGCCCGCGUUCGUGCGGCGCUACAAGACGCAACCGGGAAAGAACGAACCGAUCGGCUGGCCAGAGCUGGCCAACGUUGCCCGGACGAUCCUGUUCAACCAGACCGUGGUCGGCAUCCCGCUGACGUACGCCGGGUAUCACCUGACGAUCAAGGGUACGGUGCCGGAUCCGCGCGUACUCCCAUCGCCACUCGAGAUCGUGCUGCACCUGGUGGUGUGUGUGUUUUUCGCCGAGAUUGGUUUCUACUACGUGCACCGGUUACUGCACGUGGCACCACUGUACCGGUACGUGCACAAGAAGCAUCACGAGUGGAGCGCACCGUUUGCCUGGACCGCCAUGUACUGCCAUCCGUUCGAGCACGUGCUCAGCAACAUGAUCCCACCGAUGAUUGGCAUCCAGCUGAUGCGGGCCCACAUCCUUACCGCCGCCAUCUGGUUUCCGCUCGUCAUCUUCAACACGAUCCGCGACCACUGCGGCUACCAUCUGCCGUUCUUCCCGAGCCCGGAGUACCAUGACUAUCACCAUGCAAAAUUCACCGAAUGUUUCGGUACGUUCGGCUACCUUGACUGGCUGCACGGUACGGAUACCCGGUUCCGGCAGUCCAAGCAGCACCAGCGCCACCGCACCCUCUGGACACUGAAGUCAGCACGCGAGCUCUAUCCGGAUAGCUGAACCGCCGCUGCCGGCUAAGCCGUUAGCAGUUAGUCUUAUUAUCUCUCUCUCUCUCUCUCUCUCUCUCUCUCUCUCUGUGUCGCACCCUCAUGACUCGCACCUCUCUCCCACGCAUCCC